AAUAUUUUAGAUAUUUACUAAAGUUUCUGAUGAACUGUCAGAUUCACAAUGGCUGGUAUUGAGGUGUUUAGUGUUCGUAGUAAAAAGCAAUUCAGGACAAUUUGUGUAUUCAAAUUAGAUGUUUUAAUGAAUAUGCAAUGUAAUUAUUCUGGGUUGGAGCUGAAUAGAUCCACAUUUGGUACUUGUGCACACAGGUCAGCUGCAGCAAGGGUUUCCUGUCUGAACUUGCUCUGUGCAUUUCAUGUGUGCUGCUCCUAAAAUACAGUUCAGCUAACUACAAAUCAGCUUGUACAGCAAUGUUAUGCCUCCAGAAGUUUCUGGAACUUUUAUUAACACCUUUUUUCAUUAAGAAUAUAUAUUGUAGUAAAAACAAAAUAAAAACUUUCCAUAGCAGGGUCAGGCUCAUAGUCGAUAAUAUGUGUAACUCUUGAUAUGUGUUACUUGCUUUAACAAUUAGAUGAUGGUUAAUGAUUCUUUGGCCACUGUAAUGUGACCAAAAGUGUAACAGCAUAUGUCAGGUACUUAUUACAUUCUAGGUAGAGGCAACCGGAUUUUGGUCUAAAAAUCUCCUGAUACUUGAGGGAGUGUCUUUGUAUCUAGCUAUGUAUUCUAACAAGGUUCCCAAUACCAUUGAAUGCUAAACAGCCCCACACCAUCUAAUAUCCACCACCACAAGGGGGAUUGGGUUCUUUUCUACAUAAAUAUCCCUCUUUUUAUGUCAGACACACCUCUGGUGUUUAUGGCCAAAAAACGAAUUUUUGUCUCAUAAUGUGACCUGUUUCCAACCUGAUUCAAAGUUCUGAAAAUGUUUAGCUCCAGGUUCUUGGGUUUUUGUGGCUUAAUGACGAGAGAGACUUUCUUCUGGCAAGCCUUCCAAAUAGCUUUUUGGUAUGGAAGUGGUGUCUAAUUGUAAUUGUUGGAGAUCUGGUGACCCCAUGAUACAACCAACUUCUGCAAUUCUCCAACUGUGAUCCUUGGUGACAUUUUUGACUCUGGAAGCAUCGCCCUCACUGUGCUUGUGGGCAAAAUACACUUGUGUUCUCUUCCAGGCAGGUACAUCACAGCUCCAGUUGUUUUAAACUUCUUAAUUAUUUUCCUAGUAGUGAAGAUGGGUAUUUCAGGGUAUUUCUUUAUAGCCAUUGCGUGAUUUAUGAAGGUCAACAACAUUUCAUUUCAUUUGCGUGUUCUAUCUGUUGAAUAACUAAGGAUUUUUUUGUCACUUCAUAUUUAUACCCCAGUGACAGGAUGUAAAGGAUGACCAUUUAAGAGUUCCUAAAGACUCUAGUGUAAAAAAGAUUUUCUUCUUCAUAGUAAUUUAUAUGGGUGACAGUAAUUGUCCAUCCAUCCAUCCAUUCUCUAACCGCUUAGUUCAAGUCAGGGUUGCGGUGGCAAAGGGGCAAGCAGAGCAGCCCAGACGUCUCUCUCCCCAGCGACAGCGCUAACUCAUCCCGGUGGAUCCCCGGGCGAUACCAGGCCAGCCUUGGAUAUAAUCCUUCCAGCGUGUCCUAGGUCUACCCCUGGGUCUCCUCCCCAGUGGCCGAGCCCAGAACACCUCCAGAGGAAGGUGCCCAGGAGGCAUCCUUUUCAGAUACCCAAACCACCUCAACUGACUCCUUUCAAUGUGAAGGAGCAGCGGUUCUACUUUGAGGCCCUCCCGGAUAGCUGAGCUCCUCACCCUAUCAAAGAGAGUAAGCCCUGCAUUGCUGCACCUAGACGGCCGUUGAUCUCCGAAUCCCUUUUUCCCUUACUCGUGAACAUGCGCACAGUGGUCAAAAAGAGGCAAAGUACUGUAAGUGUGGGACUCAAUGCAUAUUGAAAGGAGAUAAUUCCACACAAGUGUGGUUCCUGUGUUAAUUAGUCAGUUAACAUCUGUCACUCCCUGGCCCGGGCGAGGGUAAAUGUUGCCGAAUAAGAGGUACAGGAAGCUGAUAAAAACUGAUGGCACAGCCAAGUUGAUUAUUUUCCCAAAAAAACAGUGUUGGUAUUUAUUUACAGUGGGCGGUGAGUGCAGAGAUUUUUACAGUGAUAGUCGACUUAUCGUGGUGACAUAUAGACAUACACAGACUAACAAACAAAAGAUUUCAGGUUGCGAAUACUUUCAGGAUCACUCAACUUCUUUCUUGUGAUCAAAAAGAGGCAAAGUACUAUGAGUGAGGGACUCAUAUUGAAUGGAGAUAUUUUUGUCUGAGACCUCAUCAAUUUAUUGUUCGAAAUAUCUUUCACAUUAGUCUUUUGUAUGCUUGUCUGUGGGUUUUGAACGAGGUUCCAAAUAAGCCUAGCUAAUAAAACGGUUGUAAUUAAACCUUGAAAUCAGCCCAAUUCCUAAUAUUUCUGAUACUUAGCUGACACUUUAUUAGGCUUUGAAACACAGAAUUAUCAGAGGACCUUGGAGUUCGCAGAAAAAGACACCAAGUUUUAAUUCAGCCAGAACUUCUUGCAUGCCCUCAGAUCUGGUCGUUCCAGAUGUGAAUUAUGAUGGUAAAAAAAUGCAGUAGGAUCUGACCUCCCCUAGUGAAACUAAUCCCGUAUGGACAGGGCUUUUGUCUGACAUCAGCACAUCAGUAGUGAGUUUUGCGAUGGAAGAGGAGGGCCAGAAUAAAUCUCCAAAAUAAUCCUGUUUGAAUUUUAUAAUGUGUGAAGCUGCAUAGUUCAGUCUUUGCAGAAUACAACCCAUGGUUUAGGACAGAUUGUUGCUAAAUAUGGGAGUGUGUCAGACUUUAGUAGUCUUGAAGUCGUCUGUAUGGGAGGCAUACGGAAACCGUAUAAGAAAAAAUACUAUUUAACAUUUGCCAUAGCUAAUUUUAGCAGCAAUACGAAUCCCUGUGAUUUGAGCAAACUAGUUUUGCAGUUAGCGUUAUCUCUUUGAGCUCGGUAAUUACAAGUGACAACACAAAAGUCAUAGGAGCUGGCUGUUCAUGUAGUUGUCCACUCAUUCCAGAGGGAAUUCAUAAUGUUAACUUUAGCUCCGAGAGCGUCCAAGUAUGAAGCCUAUUUAUGGUGUGGUCUGUGGCUCAUGAACACUGACUAGUGCUAGCUGGCUCCACUCCGCACAGUUCUGUGAUCCAUACGCAGUUCAGUAUCCAUGGAAUUACUUAACGAUUGUGUUUCUUGUAGGCUAUUCAUCCGUGGUAUGCAUUCCACAAAUCAGAGGCAUAUGGUGAGUCAUAUAUUAACCAACCAGAGUCAAGUGUUGAAUAAAACAACUUGGUUAUAACUUUUUAUUGUAUCAUGUCAAGUAAAAUCACGCAUCGAUUCUUAUUCUUAUAUGUAUUUUGCAUAUAACUGGGUUGAAAAUGUGACAGUAAAUCCUUUAGGUUGAUAGAAAAAGGCAGAAGUUUUUCCAUUAUAGCCUAUGGGGAAAUUGUGAGCUGGAUGCACUGAAUGCCAUAUUGGUUUCUGCUGCUUCUGACUCCUCUUGCCUCUCCAGUUCCUAUAUAUGCUCUAUGGCCACGACAAAUAAACACAGCAGCAGCAGCGAACUCCAAUCAAAGAUUCAGCCAGAAAUAAUAUAUAAACAUGGUUUGUGGAUGUAAAGUAUGAAACGUCCGCGUGUGUUCAUAACAUAACGGUGUUCGUGUGCACUUCACAAACCGGAGGUGAUGAUAAAACCAGAGGUUAGUUAGCUAAGCUAGCUUAGCAUAUGUUUGAACGAACGCAUGAAUGAAGGAAACAUACUUGUAAACAGACAAAACGAUGUGCAUGAGAGUGACAUGAGAAAUGCAGCGUUUGUGUGUGUGUAUGGGCAUAGUGUAUGUUUUAAACUUGCCGCUUCACCUGGGACGACUAUCUUGUCACAACAUCCCACGUGUACAAAAAUUCUGGGGAGGCCUGGUAAUCAUGGCUAUUGGGAUAUUUUAUAUAUUGCUGAUAUUUUACAAAGAAAGGAGUCCAUGAUGAUGGCAUGAAACUACUGAGGGGGAGGCAUCAACAAUGGGCAGCUGUAGUUGAAAACACAUACCCCUGGAAUGUGCAACCUUUGCAUUAGUUUGAGGUUCAAGAAUAAACAGCCAAGCCCAGCAUGCAAGCCCUUUAUGAGCGAGUACUUGGAAGACCCUAUCCCCGAAGCCAGAGAAACAUCUACAUAGAGAAACUGGACAUGGAUGCCCGACUCUCUGAGCUAUGUGAUCAAGUAAAGCAGAAAGCAGAUAACCCUGAUGAGCUUGCAGAACUUGUGAACAUGAACCUCGCACUGCUCUGCUCCAUGCUGAUGGCCCUGUGGGGGCAAUUUCUGGAAGUAGUGUCCCUCCAAGAGGAUGUCACCUCCCUUCUUGCUCGGGAGCAUCACGCACUCAGAGUACGAAGGUUUGCUGAGGCUUUCUUCUGUUUUGAGCACCCAAGAGACACUGCUUUGGAAUAUCAAGAACUACAUGCUCACAGCCACUUACAGAUCACCACAGCAAUCAAGAACUCAGCCUACUUCCUGUCUCUACCUCCUCUGCCUGUUGAGUGUGCUGACCUUGAUGGAGAUGUUAAUUCUUUGCCUAUCAUCUUUGAAGACAGGUACCUGGAGUCUGUUACAGAAGAUCGUGAUGUGCCAUGGCUUGGUGUCCACCAUACAAGGAGCAGCUCCAUCGCCAACAAAGUUGACAAGUCAGACCUGAAGGAGUGCAAUGCUUUGGGCUACCCUAACCCAGACCCCAAACUUCACCAAACAAUGAUGUCCACUGCCUGGCCUGGUGAGGAUGAAAAGCCAUUAAAGCCACAGAAGGGGAAGCAAGAGGACUCCUUUAAGUUCAGGGGAAAGUCUGUAAAGAUGAGAAAGAACAUCAAGACAGAAAAUUCCAAGAAACUAGUCAAACAGAGUUCUAAAGACUCAGUAGUUCUUGUUGGCUUCAAGUGUCUAAAAGUCUCUCUCACUGAAAGCAGUGGCAAAUGCAAAGAAGAUGAGUUGCCCAAUCAAAAGGAGGAAUGGGAGGCUUUACUGGGGAACUCUAGCGGUGAUGAAAGGACUUCCACUAAGCAGUUGAAUGAGCCAGAAGUUGCACCUUCCCUUCCAUAUCAAAAUUCCAUUGAAUCCACAAGUGUCCAUGUAACUAGCACUAAAAGAAAGGGAGGUGGUUCCUUUACUAAUGAUUUGAAUUUGGCUGUAGUGAAUAAUGCCCAGACUGGAAUUGGGACUGCAAUUUUAGAAAGUGAAGCAGUGCAUAAAAGUGAACUACCAUGUAGCCUAAAGUUGGUCCAAGAACCUGAGCUGGUCCCGAAACCUGGGGUCAGGCAUAUUGAAGUGAAGCCAAGCAACAAAAACCCAUAUCAAGGGGAGAAAGUGACUGUCAUAAUGCCUUUUCAGACUGACAUAACCUUCCAAGGUGACAUUUCUGAUGUCACUCAAACAGACUGUACAAAAUCAUUACUCACAGAACGAGAUUUUGUCUUUGAGAAGAAUAUAGGCCUAAAGUCUGAUGAAAGGCUGCCAGGACUCAGUCAGGCAGGUGUGUCCACAAAGGAGAUUCACCUGCUGGUGGGGGGUGACUCCAUCAAGCUGGCAGACAUUGGGGGGCCCUGUGCCUCAUGCCACCUGUCAGACUCAGGGAUUGAGAGUGAGCCUAGUUCUGGGUGGGCAGUGGAUGAACAGGGUCACCAACCAGUAGCAAGGGCCUUUCAGGCCUCUCAGCUGAUUAGGCUGGACUCCACGGUGAAAAGCAGUGGGGUAGAGAGUCUUUUUACUGAAAGUACCAGUGCAGUCAGUGGUAUCCAAUCCUCCCUCACGUCCAUCAACUCCCUGCCAUCUGAUGACAAUGCUGAGGAUGGCUCUCGAGAAUCCAUGACACCCGAGGGUCAUUCCACAUUAGAUGGGGUAAAGGGAAACAUCUUCAGAAGGGAUCAUGGCAGGAAAUCCAGCGUUGUGGUGCAGGAGCAGAAUGUGGUGUUCUCUGGGAACAUGGAUGGUAUUCCCAGCACCAACACUAACAUAAUUGGCACUACAGUCACAACCAGUUCCUGCACACAUGGCACAGCCACAGUCUCCAAUGUUUGCACAGAAGAACAGAGGUGCAGAUCAGCUUUAAUCAGUCUGAGAGCUCAACCGUCAGCUCCAUCUUGCUGUGUCCCUAUAUUCCAGGAUGCUGCCUUGGACACUCCAAGUUGUUCAAAUAUUGCUCUGCCUGUACUCACUACUGAAAUCAAACACAAGGAAGUGGAUGAGGAGACAAGUGAUGUAAAAAGUUCCAUAGAAGCAAAACAGGAGAACCUCCCCAGGGAGCCUCAGACAACAUGUCAUUCUAGCACCUCAACCACAAGUAGCACUGACAUUGUCAGACAGGGCCUAGUCGAGAAUUACUUUGGCUCACACUCUAGCACUGAUAUCUCUGAGAUCAGCCCUGUGGAGACUGCUGUAGUCACCCUGGGUCAGGUGGCAACAGUAGAGGAGGAGGAGGGUGAGCCAGAGCAUGAGAUGAUUGAGAAUGGCUACUAUGAGGAAGAGAAUGACCAUACCUAUUUAAACGAUGUUGAAGGGGCAGACUUUGGGCACUGUGAUGGGGUUGAAGAGGGAGAAGAGAGGGGCUCUCAUUUAGAACAGCUCAGCAUGGAGCCCUUCCGUGAAAUUGGAAACCUUCCUGGUGUCUGCACCCGCAGCUGCCUCUCCUUUACUUGUGCAUUGCGGGAUUCCCCAUGCAGCCUGGGCUGUUCUCGGGGGAAGUUGGAUGCUGUCACCAGACAGCCCUGCCAUGCCCCCUCCCCUUCUGCUUCUGUCUCUUUGCACUGGUACAAGAAUGCCCCCACCGCACAAAUGAACGCCUUUGUCCAGGCUAAAGAGGACUUGAAGCAACUGAAGUUACCAGGUUUUCUGUACAGUAAGGUGCCUGACCUGGCCUCCAGCAUCCCCUACUUCAGUUUGGAGGAGGAGGAGAGAUCAGAAGAGGGAAUUCAUCUCAUAGUUUGUGUCCAUGGCCUUGACGGUAACAGUGCUGACCUGCGGUUGGUGAAGACCUACCUGGAGCUGGGGUUACCUGGAGCUCGUAUUGACUUCCUAAUGUCAGAGCGUAACCAGAAUGAUACCUUUGCUGAUUUUGAGUCGAUGACAGACCGGCUCUUGGAUGAAAUUGUGCAGUACAUCCAGAUCUAUAAUCUCACCAUCUCUAAAAUAAGCUUCGUGGGUCAUUCCCUGGGGAAUUUAAUAAUCCGGUCUGUGCUGACAAGGCCCAGGUUCAAGUACUACCUGAACAAGUUACACACCUUCCUGUCCUUGUCAGGGCCACACCUGGGAACCCUGUAUAACAGCUCUGCAUUGGUCAAUACAGGUCUUUGGUUUAUGCAGAAGUGGAAAAAGUCUGGCUCCUUACUGCAGCUGACUUGUCGUGACCACCCGGACCCUCGUCAAUCCUUUCUUUACAAGCUGAGCAAAAAAGCAGGUCUUCAGUUUUUCAAGAAUGUUGUGCUGGUUGGCUCACUGCAGGACCGCUAUGUCCCCUACCAUUCUGCUCGCAUUGAGAUGUGCAAAACGGCCUUAAAGGACAAGCAGUCAGGUCCAGUGUAUGCUGAGAUGAUUGAAAACCUGCUUCUUCCAGUGCUGCAGAACAAAGAGUGCAACCUAGUACGUUAUGACGUUAUCCACGCCCUGCCUAACACCGCCAACUCCCUCAUUGGCAGGGCCGCCCACAUUGCUGUCCUCGACUCUGAGAUCUUCCUGGAGAAGUUCUUCCUGGUCGCAGGUCUUAAAUACUUUCAGUGACUGGAGGGAGAACACAGCUAUUACCUCAUUCAUCCAAACAUAAUGGUUGAAAAUUGUUGUGUCCAGUUCAUUUAAGUUUUGAAGAUAUUUAUACUUUUAUAUGGGAGGCAGAAAAUAUAAAAGUGUUUGUAUGUCAUGUUUUUUUUUUCUUUUUGUUUUUUAUGGUUAAUUUGUGGCUGUGCAGCUCUUUUUUUACUUUUCUACUGCCUUUUUAAUGAUACUUUUAAUUUUUUGUAAUGUGUGUUGAUGCUAAAGUUGAUUCCAUCAUGAACUUAUUGGAGAAGUUUUAUUCAUGGAGAAACCUCUAUUUUAUUGGCUCAUCGGAUUCAGGAAUACAAUGUUAAUGGUGAACUGGAAUAUGUAGCUGCUAUAAAUAUUUAUUAUUUUAUUGGCUUACUAAGGCACAAGUAUCUUAUAAUUUCUUUAGAAAACAAUGCAUUUUACAAUGUGUCAUUUACAUUGUUUCACCUGUGGAAAAUAAUUUUUCUACUGAGAUAAACAGUACUUUUUGCUAUUCAGAUUGACUUCUUACAGCAUUGAUAGUUUUCAAAGGAUUCCAGCUGUAUUUAAGAAGAUUUUUGAAUGUAGAGAAAACAAAGCUACCUUGGAUAUGGCUUUGGUUUUGGUUUUCCUAUCCAUUACAAUGUAAUAAACAGUAAUAAUAUCCUAAUUGUGAAAGGGGUUGGGGAAAACAGUGCUAAGAAGAACAAAUGAUUGUGAAUAUUUUAUUACAGGGUUUUUAAAUGAUCGAGAAAAGUUGAGCAGACAGCGGGUCAGUUUCAUAUGGUCAACAACUUUUGCAUUCAAAAUUUUGGUUUAUAGAAUUACUUUAAAGUUCUGUGUGUAUCUGGUUGAAUGGAAAUUCUUGUUUGUGGAACAAAGAAGCAGCUUUGUUUUAAUACUGACUGAUGCAUGUUCUCAUUUCUUUGUCCAAGUGAUUUGUACCAUCAUGUGCACUCUUUCCCAUUAAAUGUACUCUAAAUGAU